AUGUCCAUAUUUCCCUUUCAGCAGAAGCUGCUGCGCCCCAGUCAGGUUCAGACCAACCUAGAAACACAUACCUCAUCGUCACCACAGCCUACCUCGGCCACCAGCUGCUCUUCGGUGGCCUCGAGCUCCCGGUCGGGUUCUCCCAUCAUGUCACCCGAUACCGCCGUCCUAACCACCAGCUCCUCAGUCCAGGCGUCGCCGGAGCCCCCCCGCGCCUCCGACGAGGAUCAGUACCCCCCCAACUUCCAGCUCCCUGAAUCCAUUGUCUCACGCAAGACGAGCUCCACCUCUCUGGGCCAGAGCCUGAGGAACAAUCCGUCGUCCAAUGCCCUCGACGGUGGUGCCAGCCCCGCCAUUGCCGCCAGCGCCCCCGCAAAGACCAGCCUCAUCCGUCGCCUGUCGAGCCGCGCCUCGCGUCGCAUCAGCACCAGGAGGCAGUCUUCGACCGCCCCGAGCGUCCGCGAUACAAGCGUCGGCCCUUGUCUGCUGCGUCGCCGGAGUGAUAGCAACACGACGGCACCUGCCGACUUCCUGCCCACCCCCUUUGACCCCGAGUCCGAUGUCGACGAGAGAGAUGGCAAUCGCAUGCACCGCGACGCCUCGGUCCGCAGUGUCUCGGCCGGCAGCGUAGCCGAGUCUAUUGCCGAGGAGCCCGACACCAUGGCCGGCCCCGUCAUACCCUCCGAGCUGCAGCGGGGGACCUGGCUCACGAAGGUGUCGAGCAAGAAGCGCUCCAGGCGCGUCUGCCUCGUCUACGACCCCGACUCUAGCAAGCUCACCUGGGACAAGAAGCGACCCAACAAGUUUGUCCACCUCGACGAGAUCCUCGCCGUGCGCAGCGGUCCCGACGUCCAGCAGUACGGCAUUGACCUCAACAUGCCCGGCGUCGACAAUCUCUUCACCAUUAUCUACUCAGUCCCCAAGAAGUCGGACAACAAGAUCAUGCACCUCAUCACCGAGACGCCCGAGGUCUGCAAUGUGUGGAUCUCGUUCCUCGACGCCAUGCUCAGGCACCGCCAAGAGGUCAUGACGUCGCUCAUGGCCUUCAAGGACGAGGCCAUCGCCCACUACUGGCAGUCAGAGAUGGCCAGGCAGUUUCCCGACCGGCAGCCCGGCUCCCCCGGCGGCCAGGCCGGCGAGCUCGACAUUGCCGGCGUCAAGCGCAUGUGCCAGAAGCUUCACAUCUACAGUUCCGAGUCCACGCUCGAGUCCACCUUUGCCCAGGCCGACGUGCGGGGUGUCGAGCGGCUGAGCUUCUCCGAAUUCCUCGACUUUGUCCGCCGCCUCAACCAGCGCCCCGAGGUCCGCCGCAUCAUGCACUCGAUUGCGGAGCAGCCGGACCUGGGCAUCAGCCUCGACGAGUUCCUACGCUUUCUCCGCGAUGUCCAGGGCGAGAACGUCGACGCCAACGUCGGCAUCUGGGAGAAGGAGUUCUUCAGGCUGGUCCGUCACUCGUCGAAUGCGAGUGCCGGCUACGACAAGCCCCCUCUCGCGUCUGCCGCCGCCGACCACCGCCCAGAGACGCAGCUCAUGUCGGAGGCCGCCUUCACCGGGUACCUGACGUCGAAGCAGAAUGGGCCCCUGAUCCCCGAGCCCCAGUCCUACUCCCUCGACCGCCCGAUGAACGAGUACUUCAUCUCCAGCUCCCACAACACCUAUCUCCUCGGACGCCAGAUUGCAGGCAACUCGAGCGUCGAGGGAUACAUCUCGGCCCUAGUCCAAGGCUGCCGCUGCGUCGAGAUUGACUGCUGGAACGGCCCCAACGGCCAGCCCAGGGUCACCCAUGGCCAGACGCUGACCAGCAACCUGAGCUUCCGUGAGGUGCUGAUCGUCAUCAAGAAGCACGCCUUUGUCAAGACCCUCUUCCCGCUGUGGAUCUCGCUCGAGGUACGCUGCAGCGAGGAGCAGCAGCGCGUCAUGCCCAUCAUCCUGCGCGAGGUUUUUGGCUCCCGCCUCGUCGAGGAGCCCUUGUCGUCCAACCUCGAUACCCUGCCAUCACCCUCGCAGCUCUUGGAGCACGUCCUUAUCAAGGUCAAGAAGCCCAAGGAGACCCACGCCACCAGCAACACCGAGCCCAUGGUCGGUCGGCGACGCGGCAACAGCCUCACUUCGCCCAUGCUGCGCCCCGCCUUCGUGCCCGACAAGGUCGCCGUCCAGCCCUCGCAGUCGCUCCCCCAGAGCCCCAUGCUCGCGCCUGCCCUGGCCCCGCGCCGGCUCGUCAGCAAGGGCCGCGUCAACACGAUUGCCGAGGGCCGCAUCUCAGAACUUCUCAACGACGGCAGCAGCCCCAGCGACAACGAGAGCGGCAGCGACGCCGGCUCGUACGACCCGGACAGCACUGUCAAGGCUCUCGGUCAGCUGGGCGUGUACUGCGCCGGGGUCAAGUUCAACGGCUUCGACGCACCCGAGGCCAAGGAGUUCAACCACAUCUUCUCGUUCCAGGAGACGACGCUGUCCAAGAACUCGAGGACCAAGGAGAUGAAGAUGGCGCUCGACCUGCACAACAUGCGCUACCUGAUGCGCAUCUACCCGGACCCGACGCGCGUGCAGUCGAGCAACUUUGACCCGCUGCUGUACUGGCGCCGAGGCGUGCAGAUGGCGGCACUCAACUGGCAGAGCAACGACGUAGCGAUGCAGGUCAACCGGGCCAUGUUUGACGGCGGGACCGACUCGUCGGGCUACGUGCUGAAGCCCCCGGAGCUGCGCAACAUCCAGGUGCUGCCCUAUAACACAGCGAUUGCUGGCGGCAAGAAGGAGCGGUCGGUCGUGUCGUUCAGCAUCGACGUCCUAUCGGCGCAGCAGCUGAUGCGGCCGCCCAAGCUGGCGGCGAGCAAGUGCAUGCAUCCGUACAUCGAGGUCGAGGUGUUUGACGGGCGGUCCAACUGCAUCCGGGAUAACUCGACCGAGGGCGUGGUGCACGCCGAGAACGUGCUCAAGGCGCAGACGGAGAUUGUGCGGGAGAAUGGCUUCAAUCCCGUGUUCGACGAGGGCCGUUUCCGGUUCAUGGUGACGACCAAGCACCCCGAGUUCAUCUUUCUCAAGUUCACGGUCAAGCUGUCGCCCAACGGCGAGACGUACAGCACCAACAACAAGGACAUCUACGGCAUCGCGUCGUGGACGGCCAAGCUGUGCAACCUCCGUCAGGGCUACCGCACGCUGCCCCUGGAGAAUUUUGAGGGUGUGCAGUACCUCUUCUCCUCGCUCUUCUGCCGGAUCCAGGUGGACCCGGUGGUCAAGACGAUGGUGGAUGCGCCGCGUCGCAAGCAGGAGGUCAACAAGCUCAAGAACCUCGGCGGCAAGGUGUUUGGGCGUAUCAAUACCAGCCCCCGGGGGACCUUUGACAAGUGUGACAGGAGUGACAAGGCGAGCUUUGAGAGUGCCAGGUAG